GUUCAUGGGAAGACAGAUAAUACGUCAAACUUCACAAAAUAAGCUUCCAAAUCGGGGUCAUAAAUACGAGGUAUUUUUGAGUUUUAGAAGUAAAGACACUCGGGCAACUUUUACUUCACAUCUCUAUUCGGCUCUAUGUAAUGCUGGUAUUACUGUUUUCAAAGAUGAUGUUGAGCUUCCCAAAGGAAAUCAUAUCAAAACGGAACUAUUGCAAGCAAUUGGAACUUCAAAAAUUGCAAUUAUCAUCUUCUCUAGGGAAUACGCUGCAUCUAAAUGGUGUUUGGAGGAGUUGUCAAUAAUCAUGGAGCUUCAUAAAUCAAAUGAUCAGGUGGUUCUACCCGUGUUUUAUUACGUGUAUCCAGCAGAUAUUCGUAAUCAAACUUCUAAUUUUGGAGUAGCAUUUGAAGAUCUUAUACAAAGAAUUUCACCCCCUGAUUAUCAAGUUUCUAACUGGAAGACAGCCCUUGCUGAAGCUGGGGGCAUUGCGGGCAUCGUUGUACUUGGUUCCAGGGAUGAGAGUGAAAAUGUCAAAGCUGUUGUUGAGAAUGUUUGUGAUAUAUUGGGCAGGAAAGGCUUGUUUGUCGCUGAGUAUCCAGUAGGAAUGGAUAAUCGUGUGCAAGAAUUGAUCACAAUGCUCCAAAAUCAUCAAUCUGAAGAUGUUGUCAUUGUGGGGAUAUGGGGAAUGGGUGGCGUAGGCAAGACAACUAUUGCCAAAGCCAUUUAUAAUGAAAUUGGUCCCAUGUUUGAGAGUAGAAGUUACCUUCCAAAUAUUAGAAAAGUUUGGAGCCAAGAAAAAGACCAAGUGAGCUUACAGAACCAACUUCUUUCUGAAAUAUGUAGGACAGCAAAAAUGAAGAUAAAUAGCAUUGAAUCAGGAACAAUCACAUUGAGGGAGAGACUUUGCCAUAAAAAGGCAUUAGUUGUGCUUGAUGAUGUGGAUGAGUCGGCCCAACUAAAUGCUCUAGUUGGAAGUCGUGACUGGUUUAAAUCAGGAAGUAUAAUAAUCAUCACAACUAGAAAUCAACGUCUACUUCUUGAAAUAAACUGUGGUGUUUAUCUAAUGAAGAAUUUGGAUGUAGGGGAAUCUAUUGAGCUUUUUAGUUGGCAUGCAUUUAAACAAGAAUGUCCUAAAGAAGAUUUUACUGAACUUUCAAGAGAUAUAGUUGCAUAUUGUGGGGGACUUCCAUUAGCUCUUGAAGUCCUUGGCUCCUAUUUAUUUGGUAGAGAAGCCAAGGAAUGGAAGAGUUUAUUGGAGAAACUUAAAAAGAUUCCCAACAGCAAGAUACAUAAGAAACUAAAGAUAAGUUUUGAUGGGUUAGAUGAUUUGGAGAAAGAAAUAUUCCUUGAUAUAUCUAGCUUUUUUAUUGGGAUGGACAAAAAUGAAGUAACGCAAAUAUUAAAUGGUUGUGAAUUCUUUGCUGAUAUUGGAAUCAAAACCCUUUCAAAGCGAUGCCUUGUAACCAUGGAUGAGAAGAACAAGCUCAGUAUGCAUGAUUUGCUGUGGGACAUGGGAAGAGAAAUAAUUCGUGAACAAUCUCAAAAGGAGCUUGGAAAGAGAAGUAGGUUAUGGUUUCAUAAGGAUGCCCUUGCCGUGUUAUUAGAACACAUGGGAACAGCGGCUAUUGAAGGAUUGUCUUUGAAGCUGUCACAGAGUGAAAAAAUGAAUUUUCAGACAGAAACAUUUAAGAAUAUGAAGAGACUUCGAUUACUUUGUCUUGACAAUGUACAACUUAGAGGAGACUACAAAUACAUUUCUAGAGAUCUCAAAUGGCUUUGCUGGCAUGGCUUUCCUGUAAAAUACAUUCCCAGCAACUUUUAUCAACAGGGAUUAGUUGCUAUUGACUUGAAAUACAGUAGCCUCAGACAAUUGUGGAAGGAACCCCAGUUAUUGAAGAUGCUGAAAAUCCUCAAUCUCAGCCACUCUCAUUACUUGGUGCAAACUCCUGAUUUCUCAAAACUACCAAAUCUUGAAAAGUUGAUCCUCAAAGAUUGUCCAAGUUUAGUCAUGAUACACCAUUCUAUUGGGCUUCUUCAUAAACUUCUUUUACUAGACUUGGAGGAUUGUAUUGGCCUUCAUACUCUCCCAAGAAGCAUUUAUAGAUUAAAAUGCUUAAAAACUCUCAUUCUUUCUGGUUGUAAGAAUAUUGAAAAGCUAGAGGAGGACAUAGAGCGAAUGGAAUCUUUGACAACUCUAAUUGCUCCUGCAAUUAAACAAGUGCCAUUUUCUAUAGCGAGAUUGAGGAGCAUCUUGUAUCUAUCUAUUUGUGGUCAUGAAGGAUUAUCACAUCAUGUGAUUCCUUCUCUUUACCAGUCUUGGAUGUCCCCGACAAACAGUCCACUACCUCUAAUUCCAACACAUGCGGGCAUGCCAUCAUCGAUUUUGUUGAAUAUGCUAAACGAUAUCCCUAAUUCUUUAACAACCCCUAGCAGUGAACUAAAGCAACAAAGUCCUUUGUUGGAAGAUGGAUUAGAGAUUCUUGAUUCUUUGUGUGCCACAAAUUGUAUGGACAACUGGAGGCCUAAACAUUGCUCUAGACAUCUUUUAGUUCAAAUUGGAAAGAAUUGUCAAGUCUUUCAUACACUUUCAGAGAGGGUUUCACAAGGAUUAAAUCUUACAGAGUAUAAUGACGAUUGUGCUCUCCCCUGUGACAAUUACCCCUAUUGGCUAACAUUCAAGGGUGAAGGAGAUUCUACAAUCACUUUGCGCUACACGCAAGAGUCACUCACUUCAUUUGAAGAAGCAGACGGGAAGGAAAUAAUAUCAAAUCUUGAAUCUAGUGAUCAAGUGGAGGUGAUAGUAGCUUUUGAGAGAGGAUUCUUGGUGAAGAAAACAGUCAUCUAUUUGAUAUAUAAUGAAUCAUUUGAUGAACAAAUGGAGCCUUCAUCAUCUAAAGCUACCAAUUUGACUAGAAAGGCAAUGAAGAUUUGA